GAACUGCCAGCUCACUUGGUAGUGUGGUAAUGUACGUGCGAUUGUCGCUUGUCUGAUUCGCCGUAGUUAACCAUAUCCGCGCCCUUACACACACUAAAUUAGCCGCCUCUUGCAGUGACCGCGCAACUUGAGGAAGAGAGAGCGGCUGGGUGGGUGUCCCCUUGGAGCAGCCGGCCGUUCGGUGAAACAACGCUAUUCUGGAGCUCGAGCGAAACUGGAUCGAUCGUGGGGGGGGGCCCUGUGCGUCGCUCUCAGGAGCAGCGCCCGAUCUGACUCCGUUGUUGGCAGCCGAUGUUUUGAGAGAACCAGAGAGCGUCGGGCCAUGUACAGGACGAGUCAUCCGCGACCGCCGACUCGCGGUUAUUUCACCUCCCCGGCAGAAUAGCGAGACAGAGAGAGAGAGAGAAGAAGAAAGAAAGAAAGAGAGCGAACGAACAGAGUUGAAAAGCAAAAAGUAUUAACGCCGACGCUGCAGGAGGCGCCGAGCUAUGAGUUCACGCGCCACUACACGCAACUCGUCUUCGACGAGGCAUAGUCGCCGUUACUGCUCCCAAACUGCUCCUUAGUUGUUUUUUCGACAAUUGCGGCCUCUUUCUAUAUUCGUCGCCAGUUACACCGAGUGAGAUAAACUCAGCAAGUGUUGAUUGUCCGUACGGGACGGGUUAUGUUUCCCACUUUCAUUGGGAUUCUAGACAUACAAUCGUGGUGGGAGGUGCCUAGUAUAGCACACUUUUGCUCCUUGUUCAGAGACGCCUUCAAUCUUCUGGAUUUUGAUAUUGAGGAUUUGGAAGAAGCGCUUUUGACUGAUAGUGGCACAGAAGGUCAUUUAUUACAAGAACUCAUUGUCAGAUUAUUAGAAGGCUGCUUACCUGAAGACACUCGCAAUGACAUCUCCACUUUUAAUUAUCAGAUGUUCCUUAGAAGGCUCUUCCGUAAAAAAUGUCAAGAAUGUAACCGUGAAAACCCAUUCAAUACUGACACAGACUUUGAGUUAUUGCCACUUCGUCAGAAAGUUGAAAUACUAAGAGCCCUCUGUGACUUUAGACUUGAUGCCAACGACGUUGAAGAGUCACUUGGCAACUUAGACUCUGAUAGUCUACGAGUUGAACCAUUAGGUCAUGACCACAAGAAUUCUGCCUAUUGGUACUUUUACGGAACUCGACUAUACAGGGAGGACUUUGUUGACACUUCGGAUACUGUAUCCCAAAAGCAAAAAAGUCGAUCAAGAGACAAACGACAUAAGAGGCGUCGGGGUAGAUUGGCAAAGGAGGAAGAGGAGGAAGAAGAAAAGGAGGAAAAUUGUCCAGUUUAUACAAACAGAAAUAAAGGAAGAGAGAGUAUUUGGCAAGUAGUGUGCUUUACUCUUCAGGACUGGAGCCGUUUAGUAGAAAAAUUCAAAGAUUCGGAAUUCGCAACCGAGCGCAAACUUUACAAAACACUUUCAAAGGACUUUAUGCCUGAAAUUCCUAAGCUGUUUGACUUAAAGGAAAAGCAGCAAAGACGCAAGAUUUUACAGCGCAGCGGCCCUCGAACCGUCCAAAAUAUUGACAGCGAAGGUACCGACAAACCAACCAUGGUUAAAAGCAAAGUUAAAACAAAAUCUAACAAGAUUAUCAAAAAGAGCUCGAGCCAAACGCUAAAAAACAUCAAAGCGAAAGAUGAAAUCAUACCUCUACCAGUGACAAAGAAAGGUCGGCAGACCAACAAUUCAUUAGCUUCUGUCGACGGACAAAUUCUUAUAGAUACCUGUGACGAUUUGACGGAUUUAGAAAAUAAGAAAGGCUCUGUGAAACAUGGAGGCAGCGUAUCGUCUGGCUAUGGCUACGGUUACGAGAUUGGCAUCGAGGAAGAAGAACAACAAGUGGGCAUGCACAAAAUUCUCAAAAUACUGAAAGAUCAUGAAGAUUCAUGGCCCUUCACUGACCCUGUGGACGAGCAAUAUGCGCCUAGAUAUUAUAGCGUUGUUCGAAAACCAAUGGACUUGACAAAAAUGGAAGAAAAACUUGAUGAAGGAGCUUAUAAAACAAUUAAUCAAUUUAAACGAGAUUUUCGCCUUAUCAUAGAUAAUUGCAGGCAAUACAAUGGCUCUGACAACGAAUACACGGAAAUGGCUAUGAACCUUAAAGACAUUUUUGAUAAAGCAGUAGAAAGGUAUUUAGAAUUUGAACAUUCAAGUGACGAUUCUUUAUCUACUUGUUCUGGUGCUAGUGUUGGUUCUCCAAAUUACAAAAAUAAAUCUUCCUCGCCUUCUGUUGUUCGACAUAGUCAACGACAUAAACAUUCGCGAAAGUUAAGUAAAAAAGACAAAUUAAAUAAUAAAAUACACAAAAAACAUGAAAAGGAAGAAAGUGAGCCAGAGGUAAAAGUAACGAAAGAAAAGAAGAAGGAUAAGAAAAAAUCGAAAAAGUGUAAGAGUGAAAUGAAAGUUGAAGAAAAAAACAAAGAAGAAGAAAACGAUGGUGCAAUAAGUGAUGAAAAUGUGAUAAAAUCAAAAAAGAAAAAAUCGUCUGAUACUGAUAAAACUGUUUCCAAAAGUAAAAAAGUAUCUGUUAAAGAAGAAAUUGACGAACAACAAAUUAAAUCUAGUAAAAAGCAAAAGAAAGAAUCUAAGCACGAGAAAGGAAUACAUGUUGCAAAAGAAAAAGAGAGCAGGAAGAGAAAGGAAGAUUUUGAGGAAGACUACGAAAUAAGUAGUAUUUCAAAAAGUAAAAGUAGGAAAAUCGAGAAAAAUGAAAGUAAGGAAGUAGAUGUUUUAAUAAACAGGGUAAAGAAAAAUAAAAAAGAAGUUAAAAAAGAAUCUCCCGAUACAUCUUUGGAAGAAGAAGAAAAACUGUCUUCUAUAAAUGCAAAAAAUAAGAAGAACAGCCGCAAAUUAAACAAAGAAAAGUCAGAGCCUGCUAGUAAACAUGAUAAAAAGGAUAAGAACAAAAAGUCCAAAAGGAACAGUGAUGAGUUAAUUAAAAAUGGUGAACUUAAAAAAGAUAGCGAUAUGGAAAAUAUUGAAAACAAGGCGAACGUUAGCAAAUCCGCCGCGAAAAUUAUUGAGUCGAUAGUUACAAAUAAAGAUAUUGAGUCUCUUGAUAGUUUAAAAGAUAGAAUAAGUGAAAGGAGACGCGAGGAAAAAUUGAAAAUUGAGCAAGAAAAGAAAAAGAAACAAUCUUCAAAAGGUGAUGCUUUUCACGGAACUUCUAAAAAAGUGCCUUCUAAUGGUAGUACCUAUCAUGAUAUUGAUAAAUUAGGUGGUAAAAAAAUAAAAUCUAAAAAAGUUAGUAAAGAAGAUAAAAGUAUCGAAAAUAAGAGUCAAAAUCAAGAUGAGAGUGAGCCAAAGAAAAUCAAAACAUUUCCGAGCAAACAUCCCAAAGGAUCUAGUAAAGCAGAAUCAGCUAUUCAAGCACUUCAUCAAGCUACUGAGAGAACACUCAAUGACAUCAAUAAAUGGUUGGAUGAUGCUCCAAGACUAUCUGAAUUCUCGUCGGGUAGCGAUUCUCCGGUACUUCAAGCGUCAACUAGCGACUCAUCUCGAGCUACAACCUUAAACAAACAGUUAUCCAUUAGUGGUGGUGAUACUUCAUCACGCAAGAGACCGAGCUCAAUCAAAUUAAUCGGGCCUAUCGCUCCGGUCAGACCAAAGAAAGUCCAACGGACGAUCGACCGACUGCAGCCAGGCAAGAGUAAGGGAAAUCUACUCUCAAAGAAGCCACCAUCGAACGAGAGUGCUCCUAGUGCUGAUCCUGCCGUCAACAACAAAGACAAAGAUAACGAGAAGGACAAAAAUAACAAAGAAAUAAAUGACGAACCGAAGCUUAGCCUGGGUACGGUCUUGAAGAACGCCGACUCAAUUCAGUUGAUCUGCAAAAGUAUCGUAUCAUCACCUAAUCCUAACGGUUCAAAUGACGAAGACGACGAGUGCGGUAGCAAACCUGCGACUCCCGCGGGCAUCGUCACCGAAGAGGAAAAGACUGCAGUCACUAAGAAACCGUUGACUAUCGCUGGGAAGGACGAAAAAGAGAAGCGAAUUGAGAGUGAAGAAGUGACCAAACCGAAAUCCGCUACUCCAAACUUGAGUGCUUGGUUCAAAGCAUUCGGCGCUCCAAAAUCUAAAAAGAAAGAAGAAGAAGAGGAAGCUGUACCGAAGAAAGAAGAGACACUAGACACUAGUAUCAUCGGCAUCAGUACCCGUCAAAGACGUAUAAGCACAGGUGGCAGCAGUGUAAGCGAAUCGCUCUCGUCUUACUCACAAGAAUCGCCACCAAGUCGAACGGGCCGUUCUCCUCAACAACAGCAGCAACAACUGCAGUCGUCAUCGAGUAUUUUGUCAUCGCCAGCUGCAAUGGAGCCUCAACUUCGUGGUGCAGGCUUUUAUCAAGAUGCGUUGUCUACGGGUAGCAGUCCUUAUAACAGUCCAUACUAUACGACGCCGCCCCGGUAUAGCGCCCAGCUACCACCGACACCCUCGCCUCAGCACCAUCCACUCUCGCCGGCUUAUCCUUCUACUCAGCCCACACCACCAAGGCUCUAUUCGCAAAUUAGUCCUUCCCAUCAGUCUUUCCAGAAGCCAUCACCUCAAGCUCAAUCGCCUGGUAGUUUCUCACAACAGUCACCUCAGAACGAGUCUUACAACUCACCUUCCAUUCCACCUACACAGAACCAGUCACCGAUCUAUCCGCAACAGUCACCUUCAUCAAUGCAGUCAUCGCCAUAUCCUCAACCAUCACCUCAACCAGCAAAUUAUUCGCAGCCAUCUCCUCAGCAGCCGCCGACUCCGAACUAUUCGCAGCCGUCGCCACAGACUCCAGCAAAUUAUUCGCAAGCAUCUCCCCAGCAGCAGCAUUCACCGUACUCGCAGUCGUCGCCUCAGCCACCUCCAAGUUAUUCACAGCCGUCACCGCAAUCGCAACAUUCACCUUACUCACAGUCGUCACCACAGCAAUCUAACUUCUCUCAGGUCUCGCCGAGACCACCUUCGUCGACCUACUCGCAGCCUUCACCACAACCACCUGGCUAUACAGCUCAGACACCGAGUCCGUAUUCUCAGCCGGAUUUGGUGAUAGCACAACCGUCGCCGAGAGGGUAUUCACAGACGUCGCCACAAACACCAUCCCCGUACUCGGCUCAAGCGUCACCACAGCAACAACCACCUUCAUACUCUCAAGCAUCGCCGCAAACGCCACCGAGUUACUCGCAACCUUCACCUCAGCAACCUAGGACAUAUUCGCAGCCAUCUCCUCAACAAUCGACUACACAACAGCAGCAGUCGCAACAACAGGCACCAGUUGCUACUCCACAAAUCGCCAACUACUCGCAGCCAACGGCUCAAAUUCAAGUACAAGCUGCUCAGAUUCAAACACAAACUACUCAAAUUCAAGCACAGGCUCCGGCAGCUGAUUUUGUAAAAGCUCCCGAGAAUUAUUCCCAAAAUAUCUCAACGUCGCCUUUCAGUCAUCCCGUCAAGUCUCCGUAUAGCGGAUCAACGGCAAUCGCGAAGCCCACUGCCACUAAGGAUAAGCAUGUGCAACAGCAGAGCACCGACCCUCUAACUGCUCUCAAUCAACAGGUAUAUCAGUCAGCUUCGACUACGCAAUACGCAGCUAAUUAUCCGAGUGGUGUAUACCCCGGAGCUGACCGCGUUCCGGGUCAAUUAGGUAGCGAUCCUACGGCGAGAUCUUCGACAUCCAGGUUGACUAACCAUGAGGCACAGCAACAAUUGGCUCAACAAAGACAGGUUCAGCAAACUCAAGAGCAGCAAUCGCAGUUAUUGAGCUUCCAGCAGAACUUAGCCAGUCACGAAUCCCUUUACUCGAGCAGCUUCCAAACGACUCCGUAUCCCAUGCCAAAUCCUGCUUGUCGGCCUGUUUAUCCGGGCUACUUUGAUGCAAGUGCCAAGAGCACGUCUGGUAUUCCUAGUCCCAGUAACAGCUUAGCACCCGUCAAGAAACGAACUUAUAACGAACCUUCAACGGUCAGCGAAGCCCAAGCGACGCAACGUGCAAGCCAGGACCAAUUUGGAUUCGAUCAAUUAAUGGCUCUCGCGCACUCGCAGUCCGAUGUUUCCAACCAGUUCGACAAUGCGUUUUCCAGUAGCCUCGCUGAUUCCAAUCCUGCGUACACGAGACUACAGUUGGGGUUGGUCAGUCGUACUGCUAAGGAAACACAACAGCUAUUAUCGAUACCUCGGCCUCCGAGUAAAAAUGAUCCGCUAACAGCGUACGCAAGAACGGCGACGCCCAGUCAAUCCGAGCUUGAUCUUAACUUACUGCAGAGUUUCGCUGUCAAGAACUCCAGUAUGUUGUCUAUGCAAAGACGUGGACCAGAACAAUCUCCAGUAGCCCAGUCUACUCUCUCAACGACUAAAUCGAAGAAGAGUAAGAAAAGUAAGCAACAGCAGCAACAGCAGCAAGCUCAGCUGAGUGUUGCUACCGAUCAGCAAACCACAAGCAUACCGGGUUUCCCGCAGUAUGGUGCUACGGGUACUGAUCCCAUGAGCCUUAAACAGCCAAGCAGCGCAUUUAAUUUUGCCGGCUCGGCAAGUGCGACCAACAGUUCGCCGUUCUACGAUGCUAAAGAUGCCGCCGCUUACGCCUUCCUCGACGAGUUCCGCAACCAUAAUUCAUCGAUCUAUUAUAGCAUGGCUCUGCAGCAGCAGCAACAGCAAGCUCAGCAACAGGCUCAGCAGCAGGUUCAACAGCAGUCAACGCCGGUUUCGGAUGCAGCUGUGCAAGCCGCAAAUAAACAGACUGCAGCAGCCGUAGCUGCCGCCAGGAACUACUCAUUCCUGCACUCGGCGACUCAGCGUGCCAGUCCGUAUGCACCAGCAGUGCCGUCCUAUGUCUCGCCGCACGGACCCAAUCUAGGCGUAGAUCCUGCGGCCUACCAGCGCUACAUGCAGUACUAUAUGCAUCCACCGCCACAUCCCAGGCCGGCUUGGCUCUAGCCCUUCUCUAAACUUGCCUAGUAGUCUGGGGUAGACAAAUUGACCCCGUGCAAUAGUUCUUUAUUCCUUAACAAGACUUCUUUUGUAAAUUUUAUCUUUUUCUCUUUGGAUUUUUCUUAAUUUUAGUGACGACUAUGAGACACUCGACCAUUAGUUUUAUUAGGUAUCGCCUUUUUUGCAUCAUUUUGCACAAGUUCCAAGAUGAUACGGAGGAAGCUUAAACUCCUACUUCACUAUCUUGGACAAAACACAAGUAGUGUUUCCUGCACGCGGAAACUUCUCAUUCUUAAAAUACAGUAUUGCAUUUUAGUUUUUAUAAUCUUUUCUUUUUUUGUUUGUCAGUUACUUACCUAUUCUUUUGUUUUAACGAUAAAACGAAGUUCAUCGUACAUAUGACCAGAGAUGCAACAAAUUUAGCUCUCUACAAAAUUUAUAUUAUUCUAUGGCAAUUAAAAAAACCAUUCAUCCUUUGCAUAUAAAUGACGCUCAUUAUUUGACACAUGACACGUUAAUGAAGCAACCAUUUAGAAACUCGCUUUUUCUAAAAAUGGAUGAUACAUAAUGGAUAUCGAAGUUUUAUACAUUUUGUCAAACAAUACUAGUUUUUAACUUAAGUGAUGUAGUGAUAUGUAAAUAAAAUAUCAAAUAGCGUUAUUUGAAAACCGACCCUUCGAAUUACACGUAAUUGGUGUAACUUGAAAAGCUGUAUUGAUUAAGUAAUACAGUUAUGAGUGGCAGUGCAAAAGUGUAAUUUUACGUUAUCGAAGAAUUCUGAGCUCUCCCGAGUCGCUCUGAAAGAUAUAGAAAAAAGAGGUCCAGAAAUAUAUAGAUAAACACGUUUAGAAAACUGAAACAGAUUUUUGUAUGAAAUCGCACUAUUAACUUCGUACAACAGCAUACAGAUAAAAACGUACCUUUUAUUGUAAAAUCCCUUUUUGUACAUAAGAGACAUAUCUGGACAAUUGUAAUUUGGUGUAAAAAAUAUAAGUUCGCAAAGUUGAAAUUGAUAAGAUAUUAAAGAGAAAUGUUAUAAAAAGAGCAAAUUAUGUUAAAUGCAAAAUUAAAUUUAUGAAUUGCCCUACGUAUAUAAACUUAAUGCGAGAAAAAUAUAACGAGAAAUAUAUAUUAAGAUCUAUAAAUAUAUGAAUAUAUGUAUAUUGUAAAUGUGUAACGAAGACAGAAAUUAAAAACACGGUUU